UGACCUCAGGUGAUUCACAUGCCUCUGCCUCCCAAAGUGCCUGGAUUACAGGCAUGAGCCACUGCACCCGACCCCAAAUUUAAUUUAACAAAGGACUAACUCAGAACUAACUUCCAACCAAAGCUGACUCACCUCAAAUCUCAUUGGUGCAGAAUUGCUUCAUACACCCACGUGUAAUCCAGUAACUGGUAAGAAAAAGGGACUGCUGUGAUUGACUCGAACCAACUAGGAAAUAGCCCUGGAGCUGAGGCUGGGGACAGGUUUUCCUGAAGCACAUGCUGGAGCCACUGAAAGAAAAAUGAGAGUUCUGCUUUCUACUAGAAAGGAGAGUGUGCGGAUGAACUGGAUGCUGGAUUUUAUCAUGUGGGCAACCUGCUGCAACUGGUUCUGCCUGGAUGGACAGCCUGAAGAGGUCCCACCACCCCAGGGAGCCAGGAUGCAGGCCUAUUCCAACCCUGGGUACAGCUCCUUCCCUUCCCCAACAGGCCUGGAACCAAGCUGCAAGUCCUGUGGGGCUCACUUUGCAAGCACAGCCAGGAAGUAGCGCUCAAGAUCACAUAGUUAUUAAAUGACAGAGCCGGGAUUCAAACCCAGGUCCUUGAUUCCAAAGCCCCCUCCCAGAAGACGUUCGGCAUGUCGAGUAGAAGAUGACAGUUAUAGGCCUGGGUGCCUAGAGAAGCAAGGCAAUGAUUAAAAUAAGCAGACCUGCUUGGACUGUAAGAAAAAUUUCUGCAUGACCUGUUCGAGCCAAGUGGGGAAUGGGCCCCGCCUCUGCCUUCUCUGCCAACGGUUUCGAGCUACAGCCUUUCAGCGAGAGGAGCUCAUGAAGAUGAAGGUGAAGGACUUGAGGGACUAUCUCAGCCUCCAUGACAUCUCUACCGAAAUGUGCCGGGAGAAAGAAGAGCUGGUGCUCUUGGUCCUUGGCCAGCAGCCUAUAAUCUUCCAAGAGGGCAGGACUCAUGCCUCCACCUUGUCCCCAGACUUUCCUGAGCAGCAGGCCUUCCUGACCCAACCUCACUCCAGCAUGGUUCCACCUACCUCACCCAACCUCCCCUCUUCAUCUGCACAAGCCACCUCUGUUCCCCCAGCCCAGGUUCAGGAGAAUCAGCAGGCUAAUGGCCAUGUGUCUCAGGAUCAAGAGGAACCCGUCUACCUGGAGAGCGUGGCCAGAGCACCUGCUGAGGAUGAGACCCAGUCUAUUGACUCAGAGGACAGCUUCGUCCCAGGCCGAAGGGCCUCUCUGUCUGACCUGACUGACCUGGAGGACAUUGAAGGCCUGACAGUGCGGCAGCUGAAAGAGAUCUUGGCUCGCAACUUUGUCAACUACAAGGGCUGCUGUGAGAAGUGGGAGCUGAUGGAGAGAGUGACUCGGCUAUACAAGGAUCAGAAAGGACUCCAGCACCUGGUCAGUGGUGCUGAAGACCAAAACGGGGGAGCAGUACCAUCAGGCUUGGAGGAGAACCUGUGUAAGAUCUGCAUGGACUCACCCAUUGACUGUGUUCUGCUGGAGUGUGGCCACAUGGUAACCUGUACCAAGUGUGGCAAGCGCAUGAAUGAAUGUCCCAUCUGCCGGCAGUAUGUAAUCCGAGCUGUGCAUGUCUUCCGGUCCUGAGAGCUUGCAUCGGUUUCUUCAGUGCCUUACAGGGAAAUAGCCUGGGGUGUCUGGGCUCAGGGUUGGCCAGCUUGCAGAAGAGCAAGCUAGUAGAAAUACUGCAGUGUUCCCAAGACCAGGGCAAGCAAGAUGCAUGUCACCCCUGAGCAUGCCUGUCUUGCCACAGGGGUGUACCUCUUGGCUGACAAAGCCCAAGGCCAGUGGGAACUUGUAUAAAUCACAUGGGUAUGUUCUUGGUUCAGUGAUCUUGGAGUGAUGGUAGUAACUGAUGAACAGAGAACUUUCCAGAACUUGGGUCCUGUCUUUCUCCCUGAACCUAGACACAGUUUCACCCCCUCUCCUGUACCCAGCCCAUCCCCUCCUCACAUGGGAAGUGCUUGCCCAUGUGUUUCAUCAAUCAGAAGUUCUCCUGCCCAGCACAUCUGGAUUUAAAUUUCUGGUCUCUCUGGCUUUCUGUGCUUUAACUCUUUGCUAAAGUCUCUUGCUACACUGCCUAAAUCCAUUUAUUUCUUUGGACCAAAAAUGUUAGUUUACCAGACCGAUAGUGGUCCUUAGGACAGAUUUUAGACCAGUAAACUUAUCUUUUGUGAGAAAUGAAACACAAAUGCUAUAGAAAAAUUUCAAAGUUAUUAAGAGUUGCUUCCUUAAAUGCUGGGAUUGGAAGCUGUUGGUAUCCUGACCCAACUCUGGGAGCCAACAAAACAUCAGGCUCCCAAACUGCUGGGAAAUUUGUUUCUGUCUGCAAGGGAGAGUGCGUGCAUAAUCCCUGCUGCUGCUUCUCUUGGGACCUGAUUUGCACCAUCCUUAGUUUAUGUGGAAAGGGGAUGCAAUGGGUGGAGGCAGUGGCCUUCUGCUUAAUAUUGACUUGGCUUCUGAUCCUUUUCCUAACUCGAAGGAGUCUUAAGCCAUUUUCCCCUGAGAAUGAAAUCCCUCCCUAAUCCAUGGUAGUUUUAAAUUUGGUCUCAUUGAAGAAAUAGAUUUAGGCAAAGAGCCUGUGCUCUUCUCUGGCCAGACUUCUCUUGAAGUUCCUGGAGAGCAAACGUUAAGACAGCACUUAAGAGCUUUCAGGAGGUACUGAAUGAGACUGGAUUCUGUUGUGAGCCAACAGUUCAAGUCUUUAUUUCCCAGGUUGGUGGGGAGUAAGGAGACCCUACUUUCAUUUCCUUUUCUAGCCUACUGAUUUUUGGGGGCAGGUCAGGGAGAAAGCAUUUUUUCUUUUUUUUUUUGAGAGUCUCUGUUGCCCAGGCUGGAGUGCAGUAGUGCAGUCUUGGCUUACUGUAACCUCCAUUUCCCAGGUUCAAGCAAUUCUCCUGCCUUAGCCUCCGGAGUAGCUGGGAUUAUAGGCGCCCGCCACCACGCCCAGCUAAUUUUUGUAUUUUAGUAGAGAUGGGGUUUCACCAUGUUGACCAGGCUGAUCUCCAACUCCUGACCUUGUGAUCUGCCCACCUUGGCUUCCCAAAGUGCUGGAUUACAAGCGUGAGCCACCACACCCAGGAGGAGAAAGCAUUUUCUGGGCUCUUUAGGAAGGACCAUACAAUGAGUAAGUGAUUUUUUUGAGCCCUCACAGUCUUUACACCCCUAGAGGAGCUGGAGGGCUUAAGAGUUUGCUGGAGAAGCAUGGCCAGCACAAAACACAUUAUCGGGAGAGCAGUGUUUUCCCAUUACCAAUGGAUAAACUAUGCAAACCCUAAAUGCCUUGGCAGACAACUCCCACCCCUUAUCCCUCCCAUGCAGCUGAAAAAUCUGAGACUAGAGCCAAUCAUGACACUGGAUGGCAGAGGGAAACCUCUAAAGGGACUUAUUACAUUGGUACAGAUAUAUUUAUGCUUUCCUUCCAUCAACCACUAAACCCCUUUGGAGGAAUGAAAUAACUGCAUAAAGUAGUUGUCAGCUGAACACUGGGCCACUUACCUCAAUAUUAUACAAAGUCCUCGAUGAUUUGAUUCUGAACCACAGCCUUUGCAGGAGUUGGGGGAAUCAGAUUUGCUCAUGAAGACAUCCCUUUCCGCUUUUCUCAUGGGCAGUAAAUACUAUCGUUUACAAUGCCUACCAAUUUAGCAAAGGAUCAUACAUUCAGCUGCUCAGUUCCUCUGUAAAACAGAUCUAUGUAUGUGCAAUUCAGUUAAGAUCUUGCAGUAACUUAAGGGCAGAAGCUGGCCCUCUACUUACAACCUGCUUUCUCUGCUGAAGCCUUACCUCCUCCUCCAACCUGAAAAUAAUAUACUGAUAGCUGGUUAGUAACCUCAGUAAGAAUUAAAACUGAGGUCGUUUACUCAUUUUGCCUUUUAAGUCUUUUAUCCCCUUUUGGUGAAAGUUUCCCUUUAGGAAAAAAGGUGUCAAACAACCCUGAUUUUUUUUUUUUUUGCAUCAUUUUUAUUACACCAAAUAAAAGUUGGGAGUUCCAGGAUCCCAUUCCAGUUCAUAUUUAACCAAGAUCUAAAAUUUAAUUUUUUUAAAUCUUUGAAUCUUCCCUCCUGCCCCUCAUGGAUCCUUGGUUUUAAUUAUCAUGGAAACAUCUAAUUCUUACAAUUAUUCCGUAGCUUUUGCUGAUUGCUCUGAAAUUUCAGUUAAGACUUGUUUGAAAAGACAGAUAGCUGACUGGUUCAUAAUACAUUGGAAUAGUUGGAUCCAAACUAAUAAGAGUAAGCUGUACAGGAACUAGUGCUCAAUAUACAUUGUAUAAAUUUGUGGAAAUUUCUUGGAUGUGAAUUGUUACUUCAAGUAGCUUAUAUUAAGAUUUUCUCAGACUUACUUGGAGGUUAAAGCAAACCCAAAUGUGUAUUAUUUUGUUACAGAGCUCUGCUUUAUAAUUUUGUAAUAAAGUUUUAAUACAGA